UUUAACAAGAUAGCCUCCUCUUCCCCCAGGGGCUUGGGGGCUCAUCGUUGGUGGGUGCGUCAGGCAGGGGUCUCCAGAGAAAUGGAAGCAAUAGGAUACAUAUAUGUGUAUGUGUGUACGUAUGCAUGUGGGUGUGUGUGUCUGGAAAAUUUUAUCUUAAGAAAUUUGCUCAUGCCAUUGUGAGGCUAGCAAGGCCAAAAUAUGCAGGGCAGUUCAGCGCAUUGGAAUCUUCAGGGUGGAUGCUGCAGUCUUGAGGAGAAUUAAUUCUCUGGGAGACCUCUUUUCUCUUAAGGUCUUCAACUGAUUGGACAAGGCCCACCCACACCAUCGAGGAUUAGGCACAUCUUUUACUUCAAGCCCGCUGAUUGUAGGCAUGGACAACAGCUACAAAAGACUUUGAUAGCAAAACUGAGGGAGAAUUUUGACUUAGACCAAGAGGUGCAGGACCUGGAGACCCCAGGGCUCUAGGGGCUGUAGGCAGGUCCCUACUCUCUUGCCUUCCCUCCUUUGGCCCUAAGGGUUCCUGUGCAGUCUGACCCAGGGCCUCAAAAGGCCAUCUGCCCUGCCUGGGAACUCUGGACUGGAGGGGAGGCAGGGCAUGCUCUACAGAAGAUGCCUUCUGAGGCGGGGUGGAUUACUGGCCAGAGAAGGCCUUGCAGGAGCCAUGACAGGCUCGGGAUGUAACUCUGCUUUGGCCAAAAACUGGCUCUGGGGUACUGACCCCCCCCCACCUCUUUCUAGAAUUGAUGCAGCGUGGAGCCUGCCCGUGCCCCUGUGGGACCAAAUCGGGUGGCCCAAGAACCAGGGAGGUUCUCACAGACAAAUGUUCCAAGUCUUAUCUCUUCCCCUAAGUUACUUACAGAGUAGCAGGGGACAAAGCCUCGAACCCAGCCAGCAAGAUACAGCAGGAACAGGAGGUACUGGGUCCAAGGCCUGAGCGCAGAGGGGGAGUCUGGCUCCACCCCCAUGUCCAGAUAUAUCCUUGAGCUCCCACCCCUCAAAGAGCUGAUUUUCCCAGAGCGUCCUCUGUGCCCUGCUCUCUGUGCAUCCUUGGCCACUGCUUACAAGUGAAGAGCUGGCUGUGAUGGCAGGAGGCUCCACUAACACCAAGAAGGUAGAAAUGUCCUUGGCUGAAGAGCUGGUUCCUAAAAGCCAGGAGCCUAGCCGCGAGCAAGUGCUGAUAGCAGAAAUGUUGGAGCAUGGAAUCCGUUCCCUGGGUGCUUCUCAGCGCCGUCAGAAGUUGGAUUCAAAGAUUUCCGAUUCUGCUGCAGCUUGGAAUUCGGCUGCCAACAAGUCCAAGAAAACGGGGCCCCAGCUGCCGCCAAAGAAAGCGUCCAAAGAACCAAGCCAGGAGGGCGGCUUCCAAGGCAUGGGGUUCCUUUACGAGCGCAACCUGGGGGCAGACAUGAUCGCUGAGAUUGGCCUGGAGGAGCUAAACGGGCUGGAGAUGGAAAUCAUGAGAAGACAGCUGCAAGUGAUCACCGGGCGGCUGCGGGCCCUGGAGGACCAGGGCGCCACCUGGCGCCACAGGGAGACCCUCUUCUUCACCAUGCUGGUAUCCGUCUGCAUUGCCAACCUCUGGCUGUGGCUGCGCCAGUGAUGCUUCACGCAGGCCACCUGCACAUGGAGCCCUCCCCUCCUCCCCUUCCUUCCCUCGGCCACCCCUGUCGUCUCCUCCCCACCCUUCAGCAGCAGCUGGGAGGUGGAGGAAGGUCCGAGGGGGCUGAGAGGCAGCCCCCGUGGAGGGCAAGGAGGGUGGCAUCCAGUUGCCUCAGGAACACCAGGGGUAGGUGCUUCCUACCUGCCUGUCAGGGCUCCAUGGUGACCGUCUUGGAGCCACAUCUUGCCUGGGGGCCCUCGGUGUCCCUUCUGUUCCAUCCUUGGCAGGGGCUUGGCUGUGUCUUCCCUGUUCUCUUCAAUGUCAUGCAUUGGGCUCUGCACAGAGAAUGUUCUUAAUAAAAGUUUAGUGAUAGCAGCAAA